AAAGAUCAUGGAUCAUUAAAUCGAAUAGCGAUUGAAAGUUGGAAUCGAUUGAAAUUAAAAAAAGAUUGGCCGAUGUGUGAGAUUAAUAAGAAUUUGAUCGAAGCUUGGUUAGAAUGUUUGUGUAGAUCUAAACAUUUUCAUUUGGCUAUUGGAUUAGUGUUUGAUGAAAUGAAAUUAGAAGAGAUUGGAAUCCUACCCGAUCAAAGAACGGUUUCGAUCUUAUUAAGGUUUUGUAGAAAAGAAAGUGAGAUUAGAAAAGCGAAGUUAGAGAAUCGGAAUGGAAGUUUAGGAAGGAAUGAUGUAGUAGUAGAUGAUGAAGAUGAUGUUUUUGAAUUGGUUAGGAAUCGGAUUAGAGUGGAAUUACCAUUUGUUUGGGAUCAAGUUAGGUUUGAAGGAUUAACUUUGAAUGAAAUUGAAAAAGAAAAAGAAAAAGAAAAAGAAAAAGAAAAAGAGAAGAAAAAAGAAGAAAAAGAAGGGAUUGAUUGAUGAGAAAGACAAAGAGAAAUUAAUAGUUGCAAAGCAAAAUGAAAAUAAUACCUUUCAUGAGAUCUUAUCAAUCUCUUGAGAAAGAUUUCAAUUGGUUUUUUUUGGUUGGGUUUGGUUUGAUUGAUACCUUGUAAAAUUAUUUUAUAGAUUGAAAUUAAUUGAUAAGUUUUGUUUUAUAUAGAUUUAAAUUGCAAGAUGAGGUUUUGUUUUUUUACAAUUCAUUAGGAAAAAAGGAAGGAAGGAAAGACUGAUUGAUCUUGAAGAUCAUCAUGUAAGGUUUGAAUUGAGCAACUUUGAGGAACUCGUGGUGUAUAUAUGUUGGUGAUCAUACACUGAAAAAAUGAACCUUGAAGAUGUGCUUUUUUGGGAAAUUUGUUUGGUUUGAUUGGAUUAUCAUGAAGAGGUUUGACAACCCGAUUUGUUUGUAAGCAGGAUAGGUUUGUUUUGUUUUGACAUGUGAGGUUUGUGUUUGUGCUCAAUUAUGCAACUUCUGAAGAAUUCUUGUGCAAGGAUUCUAGAGGAGCUUGAAGUUUGAGUCACUUGUAGGAUUUCAAUACUCUUCAUUUUUGCC